CUCUGCUGAACAUCCCUAUGCAUAGGAACUGUCCGAAUCUGGCAUUCAAGCACUUAUCGCCUGGAAAGUACUCUCAACUAUGGCAUGGAGCGGGUGUGGUGUGUGGCAAGCUUGAGAGGAUCAAAUAAUGUCUCUUUGGGAUAUGAUGAAGGAAGCAUCAUUGUUAAGCUUGGACGAGAAGAGCCAGCCAUGUCAAUGGAUGCUAAUGGAAAGAUUAUUUGGGCUAAACAUUCAGAAAUUCAACAAGCUAACCUGAAAGCAAUGGGAGAUACUGAAAUCAAAGAUGGAGAGAGGCUACCUCUUGCUGUGAAAGAUAUGGGCAGCUGUGAGAUAUAUCCUCAGACCAUUCAACAUAACCCUAAUGGGAGGUUUGUGGUAGUAUGUGGGGAUGGUGAAUACAUCAUUUACACAGCUAUGGCACUGAGAAACAAGAGCUUUGGUUCUGCUCAGGAGUUUGCAUGGGCACAUGAUUCUUCAGAGUAUGCAAUCCGGGAAAGCAACAGCAGCGUCAAGAUAUUUAAAAACUUUAAAGAAAAGAAGUCCUUUAAACCUGACUUUGGAGCAGAAGGUAUCUAUGGCGGUUUUUUACUAGGUGUUCGAUCUGUUAAUGGCUUGGCAUUUUAUGACUGGGAAAAUACAGAACUGAUACGGAGAAUUGAAAUACAGCCCAAACAUAUUUUCUGGUCUGACUCUGGGGAACUUGUCUGCAUAGCUACAGAAGAAUCAUUUUUCAUUCUGAAAUACCUUUCUGAGAAAGUGGCAGCAGCACAGGAGACACAUGAGGGAGUCACUGAAGAUGGCAUUGAAGAUGCCUUUGAGGUACUUGGUGAAAUUCAAGAAAUUGUGAAAACAGGAUUGUGGGUAGGCGACUGUUUCAUUUAUACCAGUUCUGUGAACAGACUGAACUACUAUGUUGGAGGAGAAAUAGUCACCAUUGCACAUUUGGACCGAACAAUGUAUUUACUAGGAUAUAUCCCAAAAGACAACAGACUUUACCUUGGUGACAAAGAAUUAAACAUAGUGAGUUACUCCUUGCUAGUCUCAGUACUUGAGUAUCAGACUGCUGUGAUGAGGAGAGACUUCAGUAUGGCUGACAAAGUACUUCCCACAAUUCCAAAGGAACAGAGGACCAGAGUUGCACAUUUCCUUGAGAAGCAGGGGUUCAAACAGCAAGCUCUUGCAGUAUCUACAGACCCUGAACAUCGCUUUGAACUUGCUCUUCAGCUUGGUGAACUUAAGAUAGCCUAUCAACUUGCAGUGGAAGCAGAGUCUGAGCAGAAAUGGAAGCAACUGGCUGAGCUUGCCAUCAAUAAAUGUCAGUUUGGCCUUGCCCAGGAGUGCCUGCAUCAUGCACAGGACUAUGGUGGCUUACUGCUUUUGGCCACAGCUUCAGGAAACACCAGUAUGGUGAACAAGCUAGCAGAGGGUGCCGAAAAAGAUGGGAAGAACAAUGUAGCAUUUAUGAGCUACUUCCUGCAAGGAGAGCUUGACAGCUGUCUUGAGCUCUUGAUUAAAACUGGACGUUUACCAGAAGCUGCUUUCUUAGCACGAACUUACUUGCCGAGCCAGGUUUCAAGGGUUGUAAAACUGUGGCGAGAGAAUCUCUGUAAAGUCAACCAGAAAGCUGCUGAAUCCCUGGCAGACCCCACAGAAUAUGAAAACUUGUUUCCAGGAUUAAAAGAAGCUUUUGUUGCUGAAGAAUACAUAAAGAGCACACAAACUGCUUUGCGGCCAGCCAGUGAAUAUCCCCUAGUCACUCCAAAUGAAGAGAGAAGCAUCCUGGAAGAAGCCAAAGGUUUCACGCCACAAAAAGGGGCAGUAUAUGAGGAGUCAGAAGAGGAAGAACUGAUUCCUACACCUAAGCCUGUGACAGUGACUCCAGUUGCAGGGAAGGAUCCAAUUGAAACUAAAGAGGAAAAGGCAUUAUUGGAACUGGAUGAAGACUUGGAUAACUUAGACCUGGAGGAUAUUGAUACUACCGAUAUUAAUUUGGAUGAAGAGAUAUCUGACUGAAUCUUUUUUUUUAAAAAAAAAGACCAAACUUCUUACAAAUUACUUUUCACUAACUUGAUUGUUAGUGCAAUCUUCAUGGUGGAAAGUGGCUUGACAUUUUUUUAUACUUAGAUGAAGUAGGGACAGAUUCAAAGAGUACCUUCUAUUUCUGUUCCAUAGGCCUCCUUAUAUUAUAUUAUAUGUAUGCUAUUACAACCUCAUGUUACAUGAAGAGAAAGUCCUCUAAUAAAUGUUUUUAAAAUUCCCUUUCAGUGUUUUCCCUGCAAAGCAUUAAUUUAAUAAAAAGUUACAAUGCUUAAGUGAACUGACUGGUCAAAUGUACAUUAAAGACAGCAGCUGAAGUACUUGAACAAUAUAUUGUACAAAAAAAACAUUUUAUUGUGUACCAUUUGAUAUAACUCACCCAUGCAAUACACUGGUUAAAUUGUUAAUUUUAUGAAGUAGCAGAUCUAGGCAGAGUUGCUUGAUAAGCUUGUAGUGCAAGUUCAAUGUAGCCACUUCUCUCUGUUUCUGCUCUUGCAAAAACCUGUAUAAAAGAAAAGUGCCAUCUUUGUAGUUUGUAACGUUUUGAACAUCUUGGGAGACUAAACUAAUUUUAUGAUUUUAAAGUGGCAAGCUGAACUCCAAUGUGGUAAGUUAAUUUAUUAUGUUGUGAAUUUAAAUAAUGAUUCCCAGAGGAGCCUGCCAUUCUCACUCAGAGAAACAAAUUUUCUGACAUGACUCUCUACACAGUUGCAAAAAUGUUUUCUAAAAAGAAAACUGAUCCCAGGCAACCCAACGAAGCAAUGUAAAGGAUUUGUAGAAUGCAGGCAUGGUGUGGCCCUCCAUACGUUGGACUGCAACUCUCAUUGUGGUCAGAGGUGAUCAUGGGAGUUGCAGACCAAUAACAUUUGAAGUGCACACUUCUGAUUAAGGAUAGUGACAAAAUCUUGUAUAGGUACAUUCCAACCCUUUUAAUAUAAUGAUAUAGCACACAUACCUUAAUUAAAUCUAGUCCUUGGAUAUCUUGUUCUUGUGCUUCUUUUGCUGACUGGCAAUCAGGAUGCAGCAUAUGAUAAAGGGUGACCAAGCUUACAGCAUCAUCAAGCCUGAAAGAUAAUGUUAAUUUGGAUCAGCUUUUUUGAAGAUUUCACAUUAUUAUUUUUGAGAAGUAUCUGUCUAGCUUACUUUCUGUUCAUUCACAAAAAAUGAACUAAUUUUUGUGUUAUACCAUAUGCUACAAUAAAUGAUUUGAUGAAAUAACUAAUGUAUGAAUGUAAGCCACUGCUGUGCAGUAAAUACCCUGAAAUCCAAA